CAGUAGGUCUGUCAGCCAGGGGUUAGAGUCUACGGUGUGAGGUUUGGAACCGUCAAACCGGUUGUGCACUUGUCACCAUGGUUGACCUUCGUAGUGGGAAGAGUACUAGCCCCUACACCCCUGAGCAGCAAGAACAGAUGGCCGCCUUAGUGAGAGAGAACAAGGAGAAGAAGGAGCUCCUGGAACAGGCGAAGUUAAAGACGAUCGCAGAGGAGCAGGCGGCAAAGAUGAAGAAACUGGAGGAGGAGAUGGAGAGAGUUCAGCAGGAGGAGGAAAAGAGGAGAAAGGCUGUCGAAGAGGAAGCAGCAGCAGAAGAAGAAAAAGAAAGAAUGUGUAUUGAAAGCAGAGAGGGGAGAAGUGGCACGAAGAAGGACGAAGACGCAGGGUUGGAGAAGAAGAUUAGCGAGUGGAUAGCUAAUUUAUUGUUGGGGGAAGAUGAGGAGGCGGAGUUCUAUGUGCCCCAGGACGAAAGGGAUGCGUUAGCCAAGGAGCUAGCAGCAAUGGAUGACCCCUUGGAAAGACAAGAAAGAGAGGAGGAGAAAAAGCUGGAGUGGAAGCUGAGAAUGAAGAGGGAGAAGAAAAGAAGGAGGGAUGAAGUUAACAGAUUGACCGCAGAGGUGGCGAAGAUGAAGGAUUGUAGGGAAGAAGUGGAGGCCCAGGCAGACGACAAGGCCAAAUGGGAUAAGGUGUUGGGGUACCUGGAGGUGCUGAGCGCAGCGUGGACGGAGGAGCGUCAGGCCAACAGGAGCCAAGAGGUAGCGUUGAGUGCCAUGCGGUCCAAAUUUAGAGAAUUCGCGUGCGAAAUGGUUACCCACGUUGAAGGGGAAGUCAGGCGGUUGAGAGAAAACGUGGGGAAGUUUUGUGAAGGUGUAGACAACACCUUGGCACAUUGCUGUCUCAGUGCUCCCACGUUCGCGCGGUUAGUGAAGAAGGAGCGAUUAGAGGAACAGGUCUUUGUAGUUUAUGUUAGACCUGCCACCGAGGCUAAGGAAGAGGUGACUUCCACAGAUCCAACGAUUGCCAAGCUGCUGGAAGAGUUCAAAGAUUUGACUGAGUCGCCGACAGGAGUAGUGUCGCGACCCAUCCAGCACAGGAUAGAGAUAGAGCCUGGCAGUAGAACUCCUAAGGGAGCAGUCUACAUGAUGUCCCCUAGAGAGUUAGAGGAGUUACGCAAGCAGCUAGACGAACUCCUCGAGAAAGGUUGGAUCAGGCCCAGUUCAUCUCCUUUUGCAGCACCUGUUAUGUUUGUCCCCAAGAAGGAAGGAGAGCUUCGUAUGUGUAUAGACUACAGGGGUUUGAAUGCGAUUACUGUAAAGAAUGUUGAGCCACUGCCUAGGAUAGACGAUCUCUUAGAUCGGGUGCAGGGUUGCAAGUAUUUCUCUAAGAUAGACUUGAAGUCCGGAUACCAUCAGAUAGAGAUCCAUCCUGAUGACCAGUACAAGACUGCAUUCCGGAUUCGAUAUGGGCACUAUGAGUUUAUAGUGAUGCCCUUUGGACUGACUAACGCGCCAGCGACAUUUCAGCGAUGUAUGAACGAUCUGUGGUUAGACAAGUUUGUAGUAGUUUAUUUAUAUGAUAUCUUAGUUUUCAGUAAGACCCUCUUGGAGCAUCAGGGUCAUCUAAGGCAGGUCUUGGAGAAGCUAAGAGAGGCUAGCGUCAAGAUCAACCCGAAGAAGUCCAACUACUAUAGGAAGUUUGUGAGGAACUUCUCUACCAUCGCCGCUCCCUUGCGCAGGUUGCUAAAGAAAGAGGCAAUCUGGCAAUGGGAUAAAGAAUGUACGUAUGCGCUAAAGAGAUUAAAGCGCGCGUUAAUAGAGUAUCCUGUCCUCAAAGUAGUUGAUCCGUCCUUGCCAUUUGUCGUCACCACGGACGCGAGUCGGUAUAGUAUAGGCGUCGUGUUGCAGCGAGACGACGACAAUGGCUAUAGACCCGUAGAGUUCAUGUCAACGAGGAUGCCCUCAGAGAAGGUAGCCACCUCGACGUAUGARAGAGAACUCUACGCUCUCAGGCAGGCUCUAGAGCACUGGAAGCAUUACCUGCUUGGGAGGCACUUCAAAGUGUAUUAUGACCAUGAAACACUUAGAUGGUUAAAGACCCAGGCCAAGAUGACACCUAAGUUAACUAGGUGGGCCGUUGAGAUAGACCAGUAUGACUUUGAGCUUAAGCCAGUGAAGGGCAAGAACAACGUAGUUGCGGAUGCUCUGAGUAGGAGAUCAGACUACUUUGGAGCCAUAGUACACUAUCUGGAUAUAGGGAGAGACCUGAAGGAGAAAGUAAGGCAAGCGUAUGCGUAGGACCCUAUCUAUAGUGACCUCCUCAAGAGAGUUAAGGAGGCCCCAGAGACCGAACCACACUACCGCACUACAAAAGGAUUGCUGUUUGAGA